GAGGUGUUGCAUAGUUGUAGGGCACGCGGGAGAGGCUAGCGGUACCGAGACUACCGGCAAUCUCCGUUCCUGUACCGAGCUUUCGCGGGGAGAAGACGCGGCAGAACAAGGAAACUUCUGAACUGAAAUCAAAUAGAAGCACCAAAGAUUAAACCCGGCGGCUUUAAGGAUGCAGUUGACCGUGUGUGAGUCGUCCCUCAUGUCCACAGCGGGAGUACCGGAUCAGGCGGAUGUCACCACCCUCCAGUCGUGUGCUGCAGCAUACAGCACUCGCUCUCUGGAGGGACCCAUCCCCAGCACUGCCAAUGAAUCAUCGUUGGAGGAGAAUGUGUGUGAGCAAGAGGAAGAGACCAGAACCAGCGAUCACAGUACACACACACAGCCAGGUAGCACUCAGCGUCCCAGCUCGCUGUACCUGCCCUCGAGGGGGGCGUCAUGGACGACGCUUCGUGAUGGCGAGGUAGAGCUGCGCAUGGGUGACUCCGGUCUGGAGGCGGAGCCGCCGCUCACCGUGCACCAGGCCCUCAGCAGGGCCGCCGAACGCUUCGGAGGCCACACGGCUCUGAGCUGGAGGGAGGGAGAACGCUGGAAAACCUGCAGCUAUGUGGAGUACUACCAGGCCUGCCGUACUGCUGCACGCAGCUUCCUGAAACUCGGGCUGGAACGCUACCAUGGAGUGGGUAUCCUGGGUUUCAAUUCUCCUGAGUGGUUCAUCGCUGACAUUGGAGCCAUUUUAGCUGGUGGUUUUGCCGUGGGCAUCUACACCACCAACUCGCCGGAGGCAUGUCUCUAUGUAGCUGAGAACUGCCAGGCCAAUGUCCUGGUGGUGGAGAACCACAAGCAACUGCAGAAGAUAUUGCAGAUCCAAGACAAGCUGCCCCACCUGAAGGCCAUUAUUCAGUACAAAGAUGCCCUCAAAGAAAAAAAACCCAACCUGUACACGUGGGAGGAGUUUAUGGAGCUGGGCCGCAGUGAGCCGGAUACCCAGCUGGAUGAUGUCAUCGCAUCCCAGAAGCCCAAUCAGUGCUGCACCCUGAUCUACACGUCGGGCACCACAGGACAGCCAAAAGGGGUCAUGCUGAGUCACGACAACCUAACAUGGACGGCACUAGCGACGGCUCAUCACGUCCGUCUGACAGAUGCUGACCAGUCUCAGGAGAUGGUGGUCAGCUACCUGCCCCUUAGCCAUGUCGCCGCCCAGAUGGUGGACAUCUGGAUCACUAUGAGAGUGGGCGGGGCUACCUACUUCGCCCAGCCAGAUGCCCUGAAGGGUUCUCUGGUGGACACCCUGCGGGAGGUGCGGCCCACAGCUUUCAUGGGGGUCCCUCGGGUCUGGGAGAAGAUGCAGGAGAAGAUGAAGGUGGUGGGUGCCAAGUCCUCGGCCGUGCGGAGGAAGGUCGCGACCUGGGCCAAGGACGUCGGCCUGCACACCAACCUCAGCAAAAUGGAGAGGAACAGUCCGAUGGCGCACGAUCCGCUGAACUACCGUGUGGCAAAGCGCUUGGUAUUCCGGAAGGUGCGGAAGGCACUGGGCUUGGAUCGCUGUACCAGGUGUUACACGGGCGCCGCGCCCAUCACCACGGAUACGCUGCAGUUCUUCCUCAGCCUGGACAUCCCACUGUUCGAACUGUACGGUAUGAGCGAAAGCACAGGACCCCACACCAUCUCACGGCAGGAUGCCCAGAGACUGACCAGCUGUGGGAAGGUGAUCUCCGGAUGCAAAACAAAGAUCUCCAGCCCGGACGCGGAGGGCAUCGGCGAGGUUUGUUUCUGGGGCCGCCACGUCUUCAUGGGUUACCUCAACAUGGCUGACAAGAUGGAGGAGGCUCUAGACACAGACGGCUGGCUGCACUCGGGCGACCUAGGCAAACUUGACCGCGACGACUUCCUCUUCAUCACGGGUCGUAUCAAAGAGCUGAUUAUAACGGCUGGAGGAGAGAACGUCCCCCCUGUGCCCAUCGAGGACGCGGUAAAGGAAGCUGUGCCCAUCAUCAGUAAUGCCAUGCUGAUCGGAGACAAGAAAAAAUUCCUCUCCAUGCUGCUCACCUUAAAGUGCAAGGUAAACCCCGACACGGGCAUUUCCGAGGACGAACUCACCCCAGAAGCGGUGGAAUGGUGUCGGAAACUGGGCAGCACUUCCACACGUGUGUCGGAGAUUGCGGGCGGACGAGACCGCCUUGUCCACGCCGCAAUCCAGGAAGGUAUCAACAGCGUCAAUGAGAAGGCCACCUCUAACGCCCAGCGCAUCCAGAAGUUCACGGUGCUGGAGACAGACUUCUCCAUCCAGGGAGGAGAACUCGGUCCUACUAUGAAGUUAAAGAGACUCGUUGUCAUGAAGAUGUACAAAGAGCAGAUUGAUCAUUUCUACAAAGAGGUCCCAACCCCGAGCACUCCUGACAAUCCCCCUUCCAAGUAGACCCCAGAGAACGGGAGCCAUGCAGUUCACACACACACACACACACACACAGUCUUGCUCCUCAUACAGAGGCCUCAGUGUAUUCUAUGUAGAGUUUUUCUUGCAGCAUAACACAUUUUUAUCUUUUAUUUCAGGUAAUUGUUUUCCUUCCUGGGGGGAGUUUUUUUUUUUGUUUGUUUUUUUUCUUCCUCCCCUUUCUGUGGGUAAAUUUAAAAAGAAAAGCAGGAAUAGCUUUCACAGCAAAGCCAUUGUUAAGAAGCUUUAUGAUUUAUGAACCUGUGAUUUAUUGUUGUUUUUUGCAGUUUUUGAGUAUCAGAAGAUGCAGUGAUCCAUAAUGUGCUUGGGUCCUGUUAAGACAAUGGAAAUUCACUCGUUUAUAUAUUUGUUGUUUAUUUUUGGUUAUUUAUGCCAAAGUAAGUAAACGAACAGAACUGGAAAGAGCUUUUCUAUGCCAAUAAAUCUGGAUAUAUGAAGAAAGUGGGCUGAUCUGAGAUCAGUCAUCUCAGUUGAAGUUGUAUGUUCGGCAAUGGCCGCUGAGAGCUGAAAGAUUGAAUUUUUAAAGAAAUUCUGUGGCUUAAUGUGCGUCAUCCUUUGGUGGUGAUCAUGAUGGCUAGUGUCCUACUAGAGGGAUUUAACUAGUCUUCAUAUGGUCUUUGCACCUUUAUUUAUUGUGUGUACUGUUCUCAUGUGUGCUGGUGUAGUUCCAUGGACUUAAUAUCAGUAGUGGGGGGGUGGGGGGUGGGCUUUGUGAAUUACACCCUCUGACCAUGAAACCAUCCCAUGUCUGCCACACGUUUUGUUAACCAAACGUAUUCACGUAUGGUUGUGUUUGAAUGGUGUAUCAUGCCUGUGCAUGUGUUUUUCUUCACAAUACUUUUGUGUACAAUUCCUGUGAACUUGCUAGAUCUUGUAAAUAUGUUUUCAGUGGUUGUUGCUGCUGUUUUUUUUCCUUCUGCAUGUUUGCUCAUCUGCUUUGCCGUACAGGUGCCUCUGCGCUUAUCUGACCUCCAUCUGUGCUCUGAGCUCUGUUCUUGUGACAUUUAAACCUGAACACACACACACACACACACACACACACACACACACACACACACACACAACUACAGUUCUAUGAAGUGCAUGUGAGGGGAGGUUUUGAGUGUCAUGAGAUGUUCAUUAGGUCGGAGGAAUAAGUCUGUAAAGCUCAUUAUUAAAAUGGGAAACACUGAAGCUUUUUCAGAUUUAAUUUUUUCCUUUAUUUCUGUUGCUAUCUGUGUGUGUGAUAUGGAAGUGUCUUGGGCAGAGGUGGGAGGUACUGUUUUAAGCUUUGUUUUUAAAGAAAACAAGGAUGAAAUUUUGCUGUGGUUUGUAAAUAAGGAAGAUGUAUCACAUUCCUCACCACUAAAAUCCGUAAAAGAAAUAUAUACUCAAAUGUAGGAAACAAUGUAAAGGAUUAUGAAAGUGGAGGGAGGCCUUUGGAUUGCAUCUUAUUUAUAUGGGAGAGACUCACAAACGUGUCCCUGUGCUACUGCACUAUAUGAAGGCUGCCACUUCUGAUUGGUGACUUUUAGCUGAUUGGCCCAGGGAGGGUGGAAAACGUGCAGGUCAUCGGAUAUCCUGUAUCCUAUAUAUGUUCCUGUGUGUGCGUGCACGUGUGUACUCUGACCUAAAAAAUAAAAAAGUGCUCCCUUG